GUGUGUCAGUGGCCGUCAUUCUGCUCCGCCUUGCUUCAUUCAUUCGCCUCUGGCUCACUUGCUCGCUUGCUCACUUGCUCACUCCCCUGUUGUUGAUCCAGCCAGCCAGCCAGCCUUCUGCUUGCUUGUCCACCAAACACCACAGCGACCUGAAGGAAGAUGUUUGUUCGUGGUAGCCAGCGCCUGCUGCGCGCAGGCCGCAUGAUGUCGACGGCUGCUCGUGCCUCUGCGACAGCCACGUCCCGCACUGCCCGUGUGGCCACGCUGGCCCUCGGUGUCGGUGCUGCCGGCGCCGCCGCCUUCGCCGCCACCCCUGCCGCCGCGGAGUGCUCCUGGUGGAACCCGCUGUCGUGGUUCUAUGGCGUCGACUACAACCAGCUCCGCGCCGACAUUGAGGACAUUGCCGACGACAACAUGGCUGGCCCUCUCCUCGUUCGCCUCGCCUGGCAUUGCUCUGGCACGUACGACAAGAAGACCGGCACUGGCGGCAGCAACGGCGCCACCAUGCGCUUUGCCCCCGAGUCCUCCGAUGCUGCCAACGCUGGCCUCGACAAGGCCCGCAACCUCCUCGAGCCCCUCAAGGCCAAGUACCCCUCCGUCUCCUACGCCGAUCUGUACACGUUUGCUGGUGUUGUUGCUGUUGAGAGCAUGGGCAGCCCCAAGGUCAAGUGGUCCCCUGGCCGCACGGACGCUGCUGACGGCAAGGAAUGCCCUCCCAACGGCCGCCUCCCUGAUGCCACCCAAGGCGCGUCCCACCUGCGCGAUGUGUUCUACCGCAUGGGCUUCAACGACCGCGAGAUUGUCGCCCUCGCCGGCGCCCACACCCUCGGCCGCUGCCACAUCGAGAACUCCGGCUUUGACGGCCCAUGGACCCGCGACCCAUAUGGCCUUGACAACGACUUCUUCCGCCUUCUGAUUGAGGAGAAGUGGACGAUCCGCCCCAACUUCCAGCCGCUGCAGUACGAGGACUCGAGCAAGGAGCUUAUGAUGCUUCCCACGGACAUGGCCCUCGUCUGGGACCCCUCCUUCAAGCAGUAUGUGGAGCUCUACGCAAAGGACGGCGACCUCUUUCUCAAGGACUUUGCCGAGGCAUUUGGCAAGCUUCUCGAGCUCGGCGUGCCCCGCAACUGAGCACACGCACACGUCCACAUCACACAGGCAGCGCUUGCAGCCUCCCACCAUCAACCUCAACUUCAAUUUCAACCUCCACCCCCGCCUCAAUGCCGCCGUCACCUGCUUGUUUGCUUCCAUGCACCGCCUGUGUGCGCGUCCUUGCGGAGCUGAUGGCACCUCUGGUGGCUGCUGUUAUUACAUGAAGUGAUACACGAAACAUACAUCGACCUGUUGUCCUGUUUGUUUCGUGCAAUUUGUUCUCCCCCUCCCACCUUCCUUCUUCCUCCUCCUCCACAAUACAGACGAAAAUGUACACGCGCAUGCUG